ACGCAAGCGAGACCAUAAACAGCUCUGUCAUGGAAGCGGACAAAACCUAUUUCAAUAAAGAAACCAAAAUCUGGUAUGGUCCUGUGGAAGAACCACACUUUGGUUUGGAUGAUUCGAUUGGUGCCGUAACAAGGGAGGCUAUGCAUAGAAAUCCUGAUCAUAUAAUGCAGAUAUGCCAUCAAAGUGGGCGACAGAUUACGAACGGGGAAAUGGCCGAGUUGUCACGUAGAGUGGCAGUUCACUUCGGAAAACUUGAAUUGCAACAAACUGAUGUGGUCGGCAUCUGUGCGGGUAAUAGUGAUUAUAUAGCACCUCUGUUCUUUGGUACCAUGUUCUCUGGUCUCUGUCUCAGUACCACAGAUCCCAGUUUCAACGUUAAGGGUUUGGAACACAUUUAUUCUCUGACCAGACCAAAAGUUAUGUUUUGUGAUGGUGAUAUCUACGAUAAGAUACGCGAAGCCUUAUUGCAGUGCGGCCUUCAAGAGACACACAUCUAUACGGUGCGGAAUCAUAGAGACGGUGUUCCAAGCAUUUUGGAGUUUUUCGAUGAAACAAACACUGAUGAGGAGUUCAGAAUACCAUCCCUAAAGCAUGGCGGUUAUCAGGAUGCAUUCUACCUUUGUACUUCCGGAUCCACGGACUUGCCCAAGGUUGUGCGCAUUUCACAUUAUGCUCUUCUAAAUCGAGUUGUGCCUCAAAAUCAAGGAGGAGGGCAAAGGCUUUUGGUCUUUAGCGGCCUGUAUUGGUUUGUGGGAAUUGGAACUUUAGUUCAAGCGGCGGUGCAUUGUGAGACGCGUGUUAUAUCGGAAAAUCCAUUUUCGCCGCGAGAUUUCUAUGACAUCGUAAAGCAUCACAAAAUAACAAUUGUGGCAAGCUCUCCAUCCCACAUUCCUCUCUGUUUGGCCUCUCCACAGGCAUUGGCAGCCAGUGAUUUAUCCAGCCUACGGGUUCUUCUGGCCACUGGCAAAAGUCUUCCCUACUCUCUGAUCGCCAAAUUCAAAGCAUAUACUCCAAAUUGUCGUUUCCCAAUUUUAUAUGGCAUGACCGAAGUGUGUGGAGCUGUCACAAGAACCCUGAUUGAUCCCUCAAAUACGGUGGGUGUUCUCCUAACGAAUUCCGAAAUAAAAAUACUAGAUGAUCGAGGCGAACAUUUGGGCCCAAAUGAAACGGGAGAAAUCUACAUACGUACCAAAUUUUCAAGUUCCGGAUACUACGGUAAUCCAGAAGGUAAUCGCCUGACGUUCGUCGGUGAUGGUUGGGUGCGGAGUGGUGACAUGGGUUACUUCAACGAUGAAGGACAACUCUUCAUUGUCGAUCGUCGUCAGGACAUUAUGAAAUAUAAUAAUUAUCAUUUUUCACCCAGCAGCAUUGAGAAGGUCAUUGCGGAAAUUCCGGAGGUGGCUGAGGUGUGUGUGGUCGGCAUACCUGACAUUACCUUUGACUAUUUGCCAGCAGCAGCAAUAAUUAAACGACAUGGAUCCAGUAUGACUGCAUCGUUUGUUUGCCAAUAUGUGGCAGAUAGAAUGCUGCAUUUCGAACAUUUGCAUGGCGGCGUUUACUUCUGCGAAAGUCUGCCGCUAACGCCAUCUGGCAAAAUAAUACGUCGUGAAGUGACGGAAAUGUGUGUUAAAUUAAGAAAUUUAAAUAAAUAAUACAGUUGAUG